AUGUUCAUCCAAACUGAUACUACACCAAAUGAAGCCUCCUUAAAAUUCAUCCCUGGCGUUCCUGUCACCUCUGGAUCGACACACGAAUUCCUCGACCUUCGCGCCGCUCUUCCGUCCCCUCUCGCCACGCGACUUCUAGAGAUAGACGGUCUUCUCGGAGUUUUCUUUGGUCCGGAUUUUGUGACUUGUUCAAAGGACGAUACCUAUUCUUGGUCCGUUCUCAAACCAGAAAUUUUCGCUAUUCUCAUGGAACAUUUCACUUCUGGAGCACCACUGUUCCAAGAAGGUCAAGAAGGAGCUAGAGCGGAAGAUACGAGGGUUUUGGAGAGUGAUAGUGAUGUGGUAGGGAUGAUCAAAGAGCUAUUGGAAACCAGGGUUCGUCCUGCUAUCCAAGAAGAUGGAGGUGACAUCGAGUACAAGGGGUUCGAGGAGAAAUCAGGUAUCGUCAAAUUGAAACUCAAGGGAAGUUGUAGGGGAUGUUCGAGUAGUAGUGUUACUUUGAAGAAUGGGAUAGAGAGAAUGUUGAUGCACUAUGUGCCAGAGGUGAAGGCUGUCGAGCAGGUCUUGGACGAAGAAGAGCUCAUAGCGCUCAAUGAAUUCGCCAAGCUCGAAGCUCGUCUUGAGGAGAAGAAAGCAAGUAGCAAGUCAGAGUAA